AUACAACGCUUACGUACGCGAACGAGCGCAGCGCGCGCACGUGAACCAGUCCGUCCGACUGCCGAUAGACUUCAGUUAUCGUUUGACUCUUGGCGUUGCACGUCGGUCGUGGCCACACGCGUUCGUACGACACGAACGAUUUCGCGCGGGUCAACGCGAGAAAACCGAAACAGACAUAAAAUACCGUUUUCGCAGUAAAUCGUGACGAGUGUUAGUAGCCGCGCGAUCGGUCUCCGCGUUGUGCGAAUCGGUUUUUUUUUUUUUUUUUUACCUAUCCUCCACUCGGUCGAGAGACCGGUCGGUUCUCGGCGUGAUAUGACACCGGUGUUUUGGACGCGAGAAGAACGUGACCGUCCACCGUCAGCGGAUCCGACGGAUGUACCAAGACGUAUCGACACAUAACCGUCGACAAUGUUAAAGUGGACGGUGGCCAGUCAGAGGGGUGGUGCAACGGCCACGUGGAGACAGACGACGGUGGCAGACGAGUCGUCACCGUGUUAUUCGGAAAAGCCACGGCGAAGACGUCCGUCCAGGAUGUCUGGAAAACACGACAAGGAGAACUCUACGUGCGCGGACGUGACGCCCACCGCAAGGACGUGUCUUCGCCGUCGCCGGGAGAGCUUGAGGGACGUGAGCAAUCACAACAGUCCGCUGUUGGCCGUCCAAAUGUCACCGGGUAGCAGACGGACGAAGAGUCCGUGCACGGACACCCAUUGGAUGCCUGUGCAAAAGAGGCGGUCCGACAACGACAUUUGGUCGGACGACACCAAGGUGAAACGGAAGAAACCGUGUACCGGCGAUCACUCGAUCGCCACCCCGACGACCGCGUUCACCGCCGUCACCUCGACGACCACGUUCACCGCCUCCUGCUCGUCCUCGUCGGACGACGGGCCCCUGUGCGUGUCCGUGUCGCCGACCGAGGAACCGGUGCAGCUGUCGCACAAACGGCUGCCGGUGCCGGCGCGGCGGACGUGCGGGCGGCCCGCGGACGACGAGCGCGCGUCCAGGCUGAUCGACCGGUUCGUCGACCAGAUCCGCAUGGAGGACGGCACGUUCUGCGGCGGCCCGGGCGACCGGUUGAGCAUCGUGUCGCCGUUGGCCAAACGGUUGGCCGACAUACGGUUGCGGCGGUCACCGGCCGCGGCGCAACGCGCGCGCAAACGCAAGCGAUCGUCGUCCGGCUGACCCGGCCGCCCAGCCCGAUCACGCCGGUGCGCCGCGACCCCGACGACUCGAGCGACUACUGGAAGACGCCCGUCGGCCGGUCCCUGACGGCGUGCGCCAGUCUGCCGUCCACCGCGUCCUCCAAGACGGUCGACGACGACAUCAUCGCGUGCGGCAGCCACCCGUGCAGCCCGGCCGCCAUGGACGAAUCGUUCACGCUCCGGUCGCGCAGGUGCCUGUCGUUCGUGUCGCCGCCGCCGUCCGACUCGUCGGCCAAGAAGCGCAACCGCAAGUCCCUGAAAAAGUCCACCCCGGCCGCCUCGUCCGACAGAGCCUCCGGCCUGGAAGUGUUCAUCGGGGUCAAAGAUCUGACGCACUUAACCGUUUUGCUUAAACGAGGCAGAAAUCUGGUGUGCGCGGACGGCGAACCGCCCAACACUUAUAUCAAAGUUUAUCUGGUGCCCGGCAAAGGGACGUGUCACAAGACUCGAGUGCGGUACAAUUCUACCAACCCGCGUUUCGACGAAUCUUUCUCCGUGCCGCUAAUCGAAGAGGAUCGCAGCAAACGAAUAUUGAUAUCGGUUUGGCACCGAGACAGAUCGAAAAGGCGGAGCGAGUUCCUUGGCUACAUGUCGUUCGCGGUCAGAAACGUCGUCAAAAAGGAAAUAAACGGCACGUUCAAGCUGGUGCCCCAAAGUCCCGGGCGAAUGCCGCCGCACUCGACGCCGGCUCAUCGGCCGCAAGACCUGACCGUGGUGAAGACCAUGCUCAGUACCGACGACGAAGAAGACAUCAUGAUCGACGACGAUCCUACGCCUAGUAACGAUUCAGCGCCCACCAAGAUCAAAUGCAAUCAGAAGCCAAAGAAAGAUAACGUAUUGACCGCGAAAUCAUCGGGCAACGAAGAAAACAAAUUCUUGCAAUACCUUGAAUUGGACCCACCACUUUCGUCCAAGGAUGGCAAAAAUGGCAGAACUCCGUUUACAACUACCAAACGGCUAUCAAAACCUUCAGGCUCAAGUUUUGGAUUUUCAAUAGCGUGGACUCAUCCUCCGAGGGUGGAAAGAGUAGAAUGUGGUUUACCUGCGGAUCAAGCUGAUCUGAAACCCGGUGACUACGUAGUGUUCAUUAAUAAAACUAAUGUAGUAAUGAUGGCCGAAGACGACGUCAUGGAAUUAAUCAAAUCGUGCGGAAAUCAGCUGUCCCUAGAGGUGUACAACAAAUCGUCGACGGCCAACCGGAGAAACAAUCCGCCGCCGCGGUCCGCGUCCAUACCCGGCGUGCUGAGCCUGGCCGCCGCGGCGGUGACCCAGAGCGAUACGACCGUCUCGUUGCAGGAGCCUCCGGCCCGAAGGUUUCACAUACCUCAAGUGACGUUCACGUCCGAGAACCUUGCUGGCGAUAUGGACUCGCAACUCCGAUGGAUUCAUCAGCUUCUCACGGCCGAGCAACAAUUCGUAUUGUGUUUGCAAUUCGGCAUUGGAAGAUAUCUGUUGCCGUUGGCCGAACGCAAAGACGUACUCAAGUCCAAAGAACACUCGGCGCUUUUUCAAAACGUUCAAGAGUUGCUGCGCACUACGGAGGACACGCUGGAGCGCAUAAUCGAAAACGACUGGAAAAUGUUGGCGCGGAACACGUGCAAGGCGUACGUGAAUAAAAUCGAUCAGAUCAACGGCGCCUAUUACAAAUACUGCAAGGGCAUCAUACACGCGGACUGCGUGCUCGUGGACAAAAUCCGAAAUCCUCAUUUCCUGGACCUCAUCAAGGAUCCGCCCAUACCCGACCGCAGGCCGGAUCUGAUCACUUUCAUCCACAAACCGUUGGAGCACUACCGGAACGUGAUGAAAUGCAUGCAACUCGUUCAGAUCAACACCGAACACGACGACGACGAUUACGAAGCGCUGUCGCACAUCGUACACGAAAUGCAGGCUACGUAUCGGUUCAUAACGGCGGAAUCUGGUCUAAUGGAACCGGACAUAGACGGGAAGCCUUUGCUAUCGCUCAACGAUCUGGAAGCUCGUCUCGUUUUCACCCGGUGCAAGCCGUUCACGUUGAACACGCCGGACCGCCAUUGGAUAUUCGCCGGCGACCUUAGCCGCGUGGAAGGACGGUCCGUCCGGUCUUAUUGGGCGCUGCUGUUCUCCGACAUCCUAUUGUUCACCAAAGUCAGCCGGGACCGGGUGCUGUUUGUCACCGACGAACCCUUGCCGCUAUCCUCGAUUGCUCAAAUACAGUUCUCCGUCAAGAAAAAAGAUACAGAAUUCCGAUUAGUGAUAAAUAGUGGAUCAGAUAACACGUCCUGUCACAGUAGUCCGGCCAUGACCGGAUGUAGUCCUUUGUUAUCCGAUCUGUCGGGUACCCUUUCGAGAUUGCCUAAAAACAGAGGAAGAGUUAUCGUACUCCGAGCGCCCAAACCUGAACUCAAAGCGGUAUGGCAAAACCUCAUUCAGCGACAAAUACUGACGUUGGACAAAAACGCAUUCGCCCCGGACGGUAAGUGUAAAGGAUCGUCGUCGGAGCCGCCGGACUCUCCGGACGACCUGCUGGCCAACUCGCUCGCCACGCUGGACGACGAAGUCUACGCUGAUAGGCUAAAGUCGUUUGCCGAGUCGUUGGUGGACGAGCGGUGUCAACGGAUGACCAAGAGCAGCACGUGCAACAAGGGCAAGGCGUUGCACAUAUCGCAGUGGAUCAAGGGCGAGCUCGGCGGCGGUCGCGGGUGGGAAGGCGGUGGAGGUCGGAGGUAUCGCAACACCGGUAGGGACGACGGGGACGACGGGCACGGUGGAAGCGACGGGGACGAAGAAGAUCUGGAACUUUGGUCCGCGGAACGGAUGAACGCUGUACAGGCCGAGGUCCAGCGCCGGUUGUCGUCGAUGGCCCGAGACGAUACCGGUGGCGAAGUGACGAUCGAGUGCGUCGCCGAAACGCUGUCGGUAGUCAGCAGCCCGGACGACAGCCAAAAAACCGUCGUACCGGAAAACGUGUGCAACAAAUGUCAAAUGACUUGCGACAUCAACGGCAAUCAGAAUUCGGACGCGUUCCUGGACUUGGAUCCGGACAACAAGUGGAAACCGUCCACGGUGUCCGUGACCGCCGAUCUAAGUCCCUGCGAACCUUUCGGAAACAGCAACAACAACACCAGCUACCACAACAAUAUUGUCAACAAUAACAUUGACGACAAGGACAGUGACGACGACAAUGACGAUGACGACGACGACGAAGGAUCUGAACCGGAACAACCGUCGUACGUAGUCCUCGGUUCGUCGCCGCCGCAACAACGACAUCACCACCCUUUUCAACAACAACAAAUCCGACAGCUCCGGUUUUCGUCGUCUUCCAGCCAGGACAGGAUCGGCGCGAAUCACGACCGUUCAACGGAUAGUCUGGACAGAGUGGAAUUUUGUUCGACUUCGGAUUACCGGUGGCCAGAUGACUUCUGUCCUGUUACGUCAAGCUGCUGCCUUCCGACGGACGAAGACUACAACUAUGACGCUUCGAGUGAAGAAUUCUGGGGUACGCCCAACAGCAGCACUACUUCUCCGCUGUCCGUCGAAGUGAACUAUACCGAAGAACGUCAAAACGAACCGUUAUUUGCACCGGCAGUCACGUCUUCCACUCCUAAACGAAGACCGGUCCGACUAGAACCGUUGAUCGAGGAAAUUGAAUCGUCGGACAACACUCCUUCGUACGAGCUCAAAGAGACCGUUUACGGCGAACGCCAGACCCUGUUGAACUUCAAGACCGGGUCCGCGGCAACGUCCAAAGACAAGAACCCGGUGGCGGACAAAUCGACGACUAAAAACCUAUUUAACAUGUUGUGGCGGACGCCCAGGACCCGUUCUAAGAGAACAUGCGGCAGCGAAUCCAAGCUAGGGGCGAGUUUUAUCAGGAGACGACGAAUCAAAUCGGAAAAGUCCAAGCAGAACAAAGAAAUCAAACUCAAUCUAAUAGAAAGCGUUUACUUGCUGCUUUUCGGUUAAUCUUACGCGCGUGUUUUUUAUAUAUAUGUAGGUACAUUGCAGUGUAUACGUAGUACAAGUGUUGAUAGCCGCCCAACCGUUGUUUCCCGUCGAACAUUUCAAUGCAAAAUAAUAUAACCGGGAAUCGAAACGGAAAGAAACGAUUGAUUAAUUUCGACGCCGAUGUAUUUUUUUUAAAAUCGUAACGAUCGGGUAUGGUUUUUCAAUGUUGAACGAUGGUUUGACGUUCCGGAUUUUUCGGUUCCCGUAUCUAAAAUGCCGGUCCGGAUAUUUAUGACGCGGAUAAAACGUCUUACCGCUGGCAGCAAAACACUGUCCGAAACGACACGUCGCGGAUGUUGCACUCGUCGAGUGAAAAGUGCAAAAGAAUAAAACGCAUCGUUUCCCCGACAACGAAUCGGGUGCCAUGCAGAGCCGGUUCAAGGUGUAGGCGAGCUAGGCGCCUGCCUACAGCGACACUUUAGUAGGGGCGGCAUUUAUCAAAGUUAACUCGUACAUUUUUUUUGUAAUCCUAUCGGUGUUUUAUAAGAAAAACAUUUAAAUUAAUUCAUUCGUGAAAACCACUUAUCUGUACAGUAAAAUAAUAUUGUCUACAAUUAUUAUGUUACUUUGUGUUACGGCCCACGCUGGACGUUUUCAAUCAUUCCAAAAAUAAAAAAUAACCGCACAAUCACUUCCGCGAUUUCCGAUAGCAAAAUAGGUGGAGGGGCUAAGUUUUUUUUUAGAGGCGGAAGGAAAAAUUUGAUUUUGCCUGGUGUACUAGUUUUGCUUGGGCCGGCCCUGGUGUCAUAGGUAGUACAUUUACGAGGAAAAUCGGGGUACGUUUUGUUUAGAUAUUUUAAUAAAAUCGAAAUCGAUUGACGCUAUGGUUUUACAAUUAGCUUACUCGGUGCGUUUUAUAUGGAAUUUUCACUGGGCGGCAAAAAAUGUUUUUCUCGAAAUAGUCAAUGUAACACCAUGGUACGAUUAUAGUAUUACCCGUUUGUUUCGCAUUAUUUCGCCCGAUCUUUCAAAACAUUGUCGUCAGAGCACAGUCACUGGGCGACAUUUGUGUCGCGUAGUCAACUAGUUAAAAAAAUGCGCUGAGCUUACUGUGACAAACGAAUAAUCGUCAGGGAAACGGUGGAUUUUAUUCGUUCACUCCAAUGCGUCCGUAAAUAAUGUGGACGAUAAUCGACUUCGUUAUUAUUUUCGAUAUCCAAAAUAGGUUUUAAAUUUUUUCAUCCGUAUCAAAUCCUGUUUUUAUCGAUACCCACGCGUUACAUAUACUCAGUCGCGUAGUGUAACAUUGAUAAUAAUACUGCGUACCUAUAGGAAUCGAUUAUUUUUUCCUAACAUGUUUACGAUUUCACGAUCGUGCACCCGAAGACGAAAUUUCUCACGUGAUUUGCGCAGUUCACGCUUUCCAAACUACCUACAGAUUCACUGCGCACAAAAUAAAAAUGACAUUUUAUUUUUCUGAUCGAAACUUACAACAGGCGUUCGCAAUUUUCAAACCGCAUUGAAAUCACCGGUAAAUCCGUUGCGUUUACAAUCAGAAAUAGGCCAACAAAUAAUAUGUAUCGCGUUACCACCACCGCACGUAGAAAAUUGAAAUUAUUAAAAAUCGUGCACAAAAAAAAAAAAAAAAAA